CUCGGAGGUGUGUCUAUUUUGUAUAGGAAGUAUAUAAUCGCCUGCAUGUAUCGAUUGCAGAUCAUUCAUUGACAGGGAGACUCUGUAAAGCCUGUGCGUCGUCAGUUGUCUGACGUACCUACCCUGACAGCCAUGUUGUUGAAAGUUUUAACCGGUAACCUAACGUUCCAGUCACUGAUACCGCCGGAUCUUACCUCGUGUACCCGGACACAAUUGAAAGAGUACUUCAUUAACAGCUAUGAUCUGAAUGAAAGUAUUUUCACAGCUCUAAAUGACGAGUCUGUGUUUUACAAGUGUCCUGAUCGCCUGCGACUACCUCUGAUAUUCUACUAUGCUCACACCGCCGUGGUCUAUGUUAACAAGCUCAUACUGGCUGGUCUCAUUAAGGAGCGAGUCAAUUUUGAGUUUGAGAAGAUAUUUGAGACGGGUGUUGAUGAAAUGUCAUGGGAUGACACGGAGAAUUUCCGCAUGGGAGGUUCGUACCAGUGGCCUAGUGUUGAGGAGACGGUGUUGUACAGACAACAAGUGCGACAAAUCAUCCUUGAUAUCAUUGACACAACACCCUUAGAGCUCCCAAUCACGAUGGAAAGCAAAUGGUGGGCUGUCUUGAUGGGCAUGGAACACGAAAGAAUUCACGUGGAAACUUCAUCCGUUCUCAUACGUCAGCUACCAGUUGACAUGGUAACCAAACCGGACGGCUGGACAUAUGCACCCAAACAAGUUUCAAAUACACCAAAAGAGAAUAGAAUGUUACGUAUAGAAGGAAACAAUGUACAGUUUGGCAAGCCGAAAGAUUUUCCAUCUUAUGGUUGGGAUAACGAGUAUGGUGAAGUGUCUUGUUUUGUUCCAUCAUUUGAAGCCUCGGAGUAUCUCGUGACGAAUGGCGAAUUCCUUGAGUUUGUGAACGAUGGUGGAUACAAUAAAAAAGAUUACUGGAGCGAGGAAGGUUGGAAAUGGAAAACCUUUAGACAAGCCAAACAUCCUAUGUUCUGGGUCUGCAACACUGGCUGUAAGAGUGGUUGCGGGGCAGAUCUGGCGACGUACAGUCAUUGCAGAGUCCCUGACAAUAACAUGCAGACAGAAAAUGGAAACCAAACAUCAUACAAAUACCGCGCUAUGUUUGACAACAUUGACAUGCCACUAUCAUGGCCGGUAGAUGUAAACUAUCACGAGGCUAAGGCGUUCUGUCAAUGGAAAGGUUCGGAGUUCAGGCUCCUGUCUGAAGCUGAACAUAAUGCCAUUAGAGGACACCAGGAUGGACCUGAGACAGGAACAUCGAGUGAUUUAAUAUUUUCUAAAGACCGAAUCUGUAAUCACAACAUGGCCUAUGGAUCAUCAUCUCCGGUGAACAUGUACAAACCUAACGAUUGUGGAUUUUACGAUGUUUUUGGUAAUGUAUGGCAGUGGACAGAGGAUCAGUUUAACGGUCUGUGUCACGAUACACACUGGCUAUAUGACGACUUUUCGUCACCAUGCUAUGACGGAAAACACAAUGUCAUCCUGGGUGGCUCUUGGAUAAGCACGGGAGACGAAGCAUCAAGAUUUGCUCGCUAUGCUUUCCGUCGACAUUUUCUACAACACGCCGGAUUCCGCCUGGCUCGGACAGUUCAUAAAGCUGAUAAGAUAGAGUUACCCACCAGAGUAGUUGAUACAGAAGUCUAUAUACUAGGCAGUGGUGUUGAAGAGAGUAACUUGGAUCUGGACAAAGACAAAAUCAAACCAAUUAUAGUACCGUCGACAAACAUACAUUAUCAUUUUGAAUCGGCCAACCAAUUAAAAGGGAUCCUCGAGCAGGAAUUUGGAUUCCGAAAAUCGUUUCCUGUUGUCAUGGCGGCGCUUUGUAAAGAACUUGCAGAAAAUAAUCGCCUUGAUAAGAACUCAGCGUUGUGGAUAGGUGCUGGAUCGGGCCGAGGACCUCUACUUCUUACUGAUACAUUUGAUGAGGUUCUGGCUACAGACGUUGUUGCCAGAUUUUUGGACACAGCUAUGGAUAUACAACAAGGGAAGGAAGUGAGCAUGACAACUGACGAGGGUCGUUUAGUAGUUGCUUCCCUUGACAGUCAUUCUAAACCUGAUAAUGUUAUGUUUAAACAGUUCACAUGGAUUCCGAAUGAAGUUGGAAUUAAAUCAUUUGACAUGACUGUUGUAACUUUCUUAGAAAGAACACAACAACCAAAAGCUUGGCUUCUGAGGUUGUCAGAAAUUACAAGAAACAAUGGGUUGGUGGUCAUAGGUUCACCUUCAGGACAAUGGGACAGAGAAAGGCUUGAGCCUACUCUAGCUGACAAAGGACUGUCAUGUGUGAUAUCUAAACAUUUACAGUACGAGGACAAAACCGGAACCGGAAACGCUAGUGUUACAGUUUGGAAGCACGUGUAAACGUUCCAGUUUCUUCUGUCUUCAUUAUGACUUACAUAAAGCUUUCCUAGAUAAUGCUAAUGCGAGCAUACCACGGAGCCUUAAUGGUUACGGUGUCAAACAUUAUUUUCUUCAUACUCAAUGUACAUUUUAGUUAUUCUACGGAAAUCGUGUAAUUCAAAAAUGUAUUAAUCAUAACACUUUAAAUAGUUGAUCUGAAAGUAUACUGUAUAUAGAUGUCAUGUCAUCAUCGUCCAUGGAUUUAUUUGUUGCCAUUAAUAUUGUGAUCUGAUCAUUAUCAAUUAUAUAACUUUAAACAUAUCAUGUUUAAUUAUAUUCACCUUUCACAGAACUGUUAGUAGUUGCGAACUGUGUUCUGUUUUGUGUGUGUUUUUUUUUUAUUCUUUACUUCAGAAUUGUUAAAUUGCUUUGUUGUUAAUAUUAAAUGUUUAUAUGAUAGCAUACACAGCAUACAAUAUGUUUUUGAAAUGUGAAAACAUAAUGAUUUACCAUGUAUUGUGAUCUGCAACAUGUAAUAAAUAAUGAAAUAAUAA